AUGAUUGAAGAAACUGGAAGUAUAGCACAGCCCGUUUUCCUUGGGAAAUUGGUGGAGUACUACAGUCCAGAUCAGAAGACCAUGAAGCCGAAAGAGGCGUAUUUGUACGCUGGUGGUGUGGUGAUCUGCUCCGCAUUGAAUGUGUUCGUGGUACAUCCAUAUAUGAUGGCCAUUCUUCAUAUGGGAAUGAAGUUUAGGGUGGCCUGCUGUUCCCUUAUAUAUAGAAAGUCUCUCCGUCUUUCGAAGACUGCUCUCGGGGAGACCACUGUGGGUCAGGUUGUGAAUCUCCUCUCGAACGACGUGAACAGAUUCGAUGUAGCCAUCAUCUUCCUGCAUUAUCUAUGGAUUGGACCUUUGGCUACUGUCAUUGUCACCUACUUCAUGUGGCUGGAGAUCAACUGGGCUGCUAUUGUUGGAGUUGGGUUUAUGCUGGCGUUUAUACCACUUCAAGCAUACCUGGGCAAGCGGACCUCCGUACUCCGACUGAAAACAGCCCUUCGUACAGAUGAGAGAGUUCGUUUGAUGAACGAAAUCCUUUCUGGUAUACAAGUUAUAAAGAUGUAUACAUGGGAGAAACCGUUCGCGGAUUUGGUGGCUAAGGCCAGGAAGCAAGAAAUAAAACAGAUAAAAGCAACAUCAUACAUCCGAGGAGUGUUGACGUCUUUCAUCAUGUUCACCACCAGGAUUUGUCUGUUCUUCUCUAUCCUGGCGUUUGUUUUGGAGAAUAAUGUGAUCAGCGCCAAGCAAGUGUUCGUCGUCACCAGUUUCUACAAUAUUUUGAGACAGACCAUGACUGUCUUCUUUCCUCAAGGUAUCGCACAAGUCGCCGAAGCGACGAUAUCCAUAAAACGUCUUCAGAACUUCAUGUUGUAUGAAGAUACGAGUAAGCCUGUACCCGGGUUGGCAGAAAUACAAACAUCCAAAAAGAAGGAGAUCCAAGUGCGGGAUUCGGCAGCCUCUUCUAUUAAAGGCGAUUUGGAUAAGGAAAAGGAAAUAUCUAAGCAGUCCCUUGAGUCGCCGUUAAUGCCCAAGAAGCGUGAUGAUAAAGGAAACGGUAACUUAGAAGCACCACUCGAAUCUGGUGAAGAGGAUACAGAGGAACUAGCUACCAGGGUAGAAGAGGACGCAAGAGGUGUUCGACUCAAACAUGCCACCGCGAAGUGGAUAGUAUCGCACGCAGAGAACACUCUAACUGAUAUGUCGCUUACUAUUAAACCCGGAAAGUUGAUCGCGGUCAUAGGCCCGGUGGGUGCUGGCAAAUCUUCGCUCUUACAUGUCCUACUCCGGGAGCUGCCUUUAGUCUCAGGUUCGGUGCACGUCGGAGGCACGGUAUCUUACGCGAGCCAGGAACCGUGGCUAUUUGCGGGUAGUGUACGUCAGAACAUCCUUUUCGGCCAAGCAAUGGAUCGGCCGAGGUACAACGCGGUUGUCAGGAGAUGUGCGUUGGACAGAGAUUUUACGUUAUUUCCGCAUGGAGACAAGACUGUUGUUGGAGAACGGGGCGUUAGUUUGAGUGGGGGCCAACGUGCGCGUAUAUCCCUCGCUCGUGCGGUUUACAAGCGCGCUGAUAUAUACUUAUUGGACGACCCACUGUCAGCCGUGGAUGCGCAUGUGGGCAGACAUUUGUUUGAGUCCUGCGUUGUGGGGUACUUGAGGAACACGACUCGGGUGCUGGUCACUCACCAGUUGCAGUUUCUGAAAGAUGUUGAUCAGAUUAUUAUUCUAAAGAACGGAGCAAUAGCAGCGGCGGGAGAUUUUGAAACAUUAAGCGCAUCUGGUCUGGACUUUGCCACUCUACUGGCGAGGGAUGAUCAGGAUGACGAAAAGCCGCCUGUAGAAGACAAAUCUAAUGUUGAAGAGGAAUCUAUUCUGCAAGGAAGUUUCAGGAAACGGCAGAUGAGCAUACAUUCGGUAAGUUCAGUGGAUAACCUCACGGCCACGGCGCCACCGGAAGGUGGAAGGGAAGAAGCAGAGAUGAGGACGGCCGGUGCGGUGUCCAGCAAAGUGUACGGUGCGUACUUGCGGGCGAGCGGGAAUCCCUUGCUGGUGACUUUGAUGGUGAUGGUAGCUGUGCUUGCGCAGUUGCUGGGAUCCAGCUCGGAUUGGUGGACAAGUUAUUGGGUAAAUCAGGAAGAAAAACAUCCACUGACGACACUUCGCAUGCUCGAUUCGAACGAAACGGGUCCGCUCCAACUUACGUCGAACUUCACGAACGCGCUCGUUAACAACGCGGAGUUCCAAUCCGGCCUCACGAGAUAUGAUUGCAUUUAUAUUUAUUCCGCUAUGAUAAUAGCCCUAGUGGUAGUAUCACUACUCCGGUCUUUUCUGUUCUUCUCGAUGGCAAUGCGUGCGUCGACGCGCCUUCACAAUAAAAUGUUUUCGUCGAUCACACGUGCACCAAUGCGAUUUUUCCAUACAAACCCAUCUGGGCGUAUUUUGAAUCGAUUCUCGAAGGAUAUGGGCGCCGUCGAUGAAGUGCUGCCAUCUGCGCUGUUGGAUGUUUUGCAGAUUGGCCUGUCACUCGUCGGUAUAGUGGUGGUGGUGGCGACGGUGAACUACUGGCUGCUAAUCCCGACGCUGGCCAUCGGUUUCGUCUUCUACGGACUUCGAAUAUUCUACAUAGCAACGUCUCGUAGUAUCAAGCGCCUGGAGGGUGUAACUCGCAGUCCAGUCUUCUCACACCUCAACGCCUCCCUUCAAGGGAUUACUACAAUACGAGCCUUCGGCGCUCAAGAGACACUUAUCAAAGAGUUUGACAGCCAUCAAGACUUGCAUAGUUCCGCGUGGUAUAUGUUUAUCGCAAGUUCCCGUGCGUUUGGAUUCUGGUUGGACUUGGUGUGCGUGGUGUACAUCGCAGUAGUUACCAUGAGUUUCCUCGUUUUUGGACAAGAGAAAUAUGGAGGCAACGUGGGUCUGGCGAUAACCCAAGCGAUGGGUCUCACCGGUAUGUUCCAAUGGGGAAUGAGGCAGUCCACGGAACUCGAGAACCAGAUGACAAGUGUGGAGAGGAUAGAGGAAUACUCCAACAUAGAGCCCGAACCACCAUUGGAAUCGGAGCAGAGUAAAAAACCGCCCCCAUCUUGGCCAGACGCUGGUCGUUUGGAUUUCAAACACGUGUUCCUUUACUAUGCACCGGGGGAAGCGGCGGUUCUAAAGGAUCUCACCAUGGAAAUUCUUCCCCGGGAAAAAGUGGGAAUUGUCGGCAGAACUGGAGCCGGGAAGAGUUCUCUUAUAAACGCUUUGUUCAGGUUAGCAACAAUAGAAGGCGAAAUAAUAAUAGACGGUCGUGAAACAGCAUCUCUAGGUCUUCAUGAGCUUCGAAGUCAGAUCUCCAUCAUCCCACAGGAACCAGUUCUCUUUUCGGGGACUAUGAGGCACAAUUUGGAUCCAUUUGAUGAGUACCCCGAUCAGGUCCUCUGGAGGGCUCUUGAAGAGGUGGAGUUAAAAGAAGCGGUAAUGGAGCUUCCAGCCGGUCUGAGCUCCCGUAUGUCCGAAGGCGGAGGGAACUUCUCAGUGGGCCAGAGGCAGUUGGUUUGUCUCGCUCGGGCCAUUGUCAGGCGGAACAGGUUGCUCGUGCUGGACGAGGCCACGGCGAAUGUGGAUCCGCAAACUGAUGCCCUUAUUCAAACAACGAUUCGUAACAAAUUUGCUGACUGCACAGUACUCACGAUCGCUCAUAGAUUGCACACGGUCAUGGAUUCGGAUAAGGUUUUAGUGAUGGACGCCGGUCAAAUGGUGGAGUUCGACCACCCACACAUGUUAUUACAGAAGCCCAGUGGCUUUUUACGAGCCAUGGUGGAUCAGACUGGCCGAUCUAUGGCCGAUAUCCUAGCUAAAGUCGCGUUACAGGCGUACAACAAAAAGUACCCGCAAACUUCAGAAGUCACCGAAUAA